AUGAAUAAGGUUUGCUUGAACGUCCUGGUUGGGGUUCCAGGGGCAGGAAAGACCACGUUUUGCCAAAGGAUUCUGGAUUGUUUGAUUUUAAAAGAGUCCUCGAUACGGUUAAUCCACAUUUGUUUCGAUGAUUUUAUUAAAUUCGACGCAAAGAUUGACCUGGAAAACAGCUUCAAAGGAAAACGAAAGCGACUUCUCGAACUUCUUGAGGAGAUUAUCCAGAGUAUCAAAACAACCAACCCAGCAAAGUUAAAGGAAAUCAAUCACAUUCUCUAUGAAGAAUUUCAACAGAAAGUAGCAAUAGAUUUAGCAGAAGCGCCCUCAAACUAUCUUAUUCUAAUAGACGACAACAUGUACUACCGGAGCAUGCGCUAUCAAGUGUUCCAGAUUGCUAGAAGACUCGGAACCGGAUAUUUUCAAACUUAUUUCGAAGUCAGUUUAGAAAGUGCCAAGUCGAGCAACUCCAAACGAUCUAAUGCUGUUCCAGAAGAAGUGAUUUCUCGGAUGUUUUACAAGCUAGAAAAACCGGACGAACGCAUUUGUAGGUGGGAAAAGAACACUGUAAUUUUAAGAAAUUCUUCCGAUGAGCUAGACAUUAUUUUAAACACAACUUUAAAUUGUUUGGAGCGACCUGUAGAACCGUUGGAAGCCCAUGGCACGAAGAAUCCCGUUGAACAGUCAUUCGUUCACAAGGUGGAUCUGUUGCUCCGAAAAGUGGUUGGCGAAAUGAUCAAACAACAGAAAGAAAUGCUCAACAGUGGUGAGGUCAAACUAUUGGCCGAAGGCUUGUUGAGCAAAAGAAAACUGCUGUUGGAGGAUUUUAGGGCAGGUUUGGUUGAGAUCGAUCCAGAACGUGUUACCGGCGAGCAAAUUCAGACUUGGUUGCAGUAGGAAUUGUUGAAACUUUGUAAAUAAAAAAGAUUGUGUGGAAAUCAG